AUGUCCCGGCUACUGCUGCCCCUGCUGAGGAGCCGGACUGCGCACAGCCUGCGGCCCCUGCCCGGCUGCCGCCCGGGCUUAGGAGCGCGGGCCUCGGCGCUGCUCCUUCAGCCGUCCCCCGCCUUGGCCGCCCUGACCGCUGUUGCCGCCGCGCCGCGCCCCUCUCGGGGGUUGGGCACCCACCCCCAGCGUGAACCCAUGGAAGCGUUAAACACGGCGCAAAGAGCCCGCGACUUCAUCUACAGUCUGCACUCCACUGAGAGGAGCUGCCUGCUCAAGGAGCUGCACCGCUUCGAGUCUAUAGCCAUUGCCCAAGCAUCCAGAUAUCCCAAACCUGAUCUUGCUCUUAUUCAGCGAAUGAAGCAGGAGACAUCACCUGAAAUCCCUGAUAGUUUCGAGAAAUUGGAAGCUCCACCACCUAACCCGGCACAGCUGAGAUAUGUAUUCAUCCACAAUGCAUUACCUUUCGUAGGGUUUGGCUUUUUGGAUAAUGCAAUUAUGAUUGUUGCAGGAACUCAAAUAGAGUUGUCUAUUGGAAUUAUUUUGGGGAUUUCAACUAUGGCAGCUGCGGCUUUGGGAAAUCUUGUUUCAGAUUUAGCUGGACUUGGUCUUGCAGGCUAUGUUGAAGCUUUAGCUUCCAGGUUAGGCCUUUCAAUUCCUGAUCUCACCCCAAAGCAAGUUGACAUGUGGCAAACUCGUCUUAGUGCACACUUGGGCAAGGCUGUUGGAGUGGCUAUUGGUUGCAUUUUAGGAAUGUUUCCUUUGUUGUUCUUUAAAGAAGAAGAAAAAAAACUGGAAGAACAAAAUUAAACCUUUUAGAAUAUCUACAAAAAGUUGUAAAAUAAUGUACCUCACUUAAGAAUGCUGUCACAAUAUUUAGGAAAUAAGACAGUAACUAUGUAUAGAUAUGGGAACAAGCAAUUAAGCAUGUUUUAUUAAAACACUAACUUAUUGUGGCUUGAUGUUCUUAGUACAUCUUUUUAUAAAAAGAAUAGCUUCUUAUUUCAUAAAAAUUGUUGAAAUGCCUUUUUCAUUUUCCUACUUUUAUUUUGCAUAUCUCAUGGCUAAACUAUUUUAAGAUUUGAGGUUUGCUCAUUUGUUAUUAAGCAUAUGUGGUUGCAUGGAAACAUCCUCUCUUAUACAUGGCUGUUCCAAGGCUACUUUAGACUUUUUCCAUUGUUAAAAGUUUUUAUUUAAUUCCAUCAUUGUUCCUGCCCCUAGAAUCCAUUUUGUCCUGAUUUGAGAUAAUGCUUUUCUAUUCAUGCACAGUAUUUCUCUUUCCUCUUUAACUCAUUCAGCUAAUGUGGAAUUGAACUAUUUGUUUCAAGUAUUGCUGGUUUUUUUCUGUCAUUUUUUUGUUCUGAUCCUUUUGAGUCUUAAGAGCCAGAAGUUGAGCAUAUCUUCUUCACGUAUAUAAAAUGCUCCACAUUACAAAAUGUAUUUUCUAAUUUAUUUUUUCUUCUGUUUUUUUUUUUUGCCUCAACACUCCCAAUUUUGAGUAAUUGUGUGCUGUUUUUGGCUUAUGGAAAAGAAAAACUAAUAAUUUUGUGGUAUGUUUUAUGGGGAAAAUUAUCAUGGAAUUAAAGAUACUGCAUUUUUGUAGUUAAUGGAAUUGGAGAGAACAAGGAAAAUGCAAAUUGUAUUGUGAGAGUUGAAAAUUAUACAUGGGUUCUGUAGAGAAAAAGAAAUUAGAACCAAGGCAGCUUCCUGGGACAAAUAGUGAAAUUGAUUAGAACAGAAAAGGUUCUUGUGCUACCACUUGUUCUGCUGAGGAAAGGGGUUAAAAAAAAUUAUCUUCAAGGUUUCCAUUGCUGAAAUAUCUAAAUCAUGCUCAUACUUGAUCUUAACAUGUACAUUUUUUAUUGAUGGACUUGCUUUCUAGGAAAAAAAAAUAUUUUGUUGGGACAAAAGUAGCCUUUGUGAGUUUUUUUUAUUGUGUAGUUAAAAUUGAGGAAAUUUUUUUGCUUUGUUUUUCUUUGUUAUUCAAAAUAAGUUCUAAAUAUAGAAGUUGCUCAUUUCUAUUUUAUAUCUCAUUGAAAUUUAGUUACAAGUGAGACAUUUAAUUUUCUCAAUCUUUAUAGCUUUUCAGCAUAGGACUGUUAAUUAUUUAAUUAUGUAAUUAUAAAUGGGAAUCAGUUAAGCCAAUUUCUUACCUUGUAUGGUGUUUUAAAAUGUUAUGGGAGAAUUCUCAUAUAGGAAUUUUAUUUUGGCCAUUCGUGGUCAUUAUGCUGCUGCUUUGGCUUUUAAAUCUUGUAGAUGACUGUAAUAUUUACAGGCAUAUGUUAAAGUUAUAUUUGCAGUUGGCAUUUGUUUACUUAUCAUAGCUCUUUUUUAAAAACAAGAAGCUAAACUAUCACAUAAAAGAAUUAGUUAUAAAUUACCUCUUGACCAAUUCCACAUAUUCAGUGCCAUUUAAAAAUCAUUUGUGAAGAGAGAAAAAGAAGCAGAAAUAGUAACCUAAAAAAUUUUAGGAUUUAAAAUUAGUGAAAUAUGACAUAUACUUUUUAUGAUAUAGAAAUAAUUUGACAACUUGAACAGAAGUAUAGAAUUUGAAACCUUUCCAAAAAUUAUGAUUUAUAUUGUUUUCCCAUUCAACUAUUAGGCCAUUGCAAAAUUAGCUGGACUAUUUGGUAUGUGAGGAGUAUGGUGUGUUAUUUUAAAUGAAAACUUAUUUAAAUAAAUGUUUUAAAUACUUUUGGCGCUCUUGUGUAUAACCAAUUUCAUCUAUUUUCAUACAAAUGUUUCAGUGUGGUGCUUGCAUUGUUUUUAAACUUACUAUUUCAAACUACCUACUAUUGUCCAGAAAUACUUUGUGAUAUUUUUUCAUCCUCAAAUUAAUGCAGUCUUACACAAUCUGGCUUUUGUAGUCAGUGAUUUUUUUUUCUUAUAAGAACUUGAGUGCAACCUUUUCAACAUAAUUUAUCCUUUCACGAUAAAUUCCUAAUUUGAGACUUCUAAAAAAUUGGAUCAUCCAGAUAAUGAGUUCUCAUUAAAAUAAAUGAAAUGCUUGUGCUCUUGCCAAAGGUUUUUUUGCUCAAAAUCAUAAUCUUAAGUAUGGUGCUUUGUACAAAGUGGUUUCUCAUUUUGGCUUCUCAAGAUGAUUUCUUCAUAUAAGCUUUUUUUUUUUUAAUUGUUAGGAAUCUUCUGUCAUAGUAUUUUUCUACCAUUAAUAAUAGAGCUUUCAUUUCUCAUGCUAAUUAUGUAUUAAUGAUUGAACAUUGAACCAACAAUGAAGCCAAGAAUAUUAACUGCUAUAGCAGUAUUCACUCGCUAUAAUGUGUCAGUGUGUUAGUUUUUGUUUAAUUUGUGAAUGCAUGUAAGUUCAGAGUUGCUGCUGUAUGCUUACUUACGACUCAUUUUUUAACUAAGAUAAAUUGAACAAAUAAUAUUUUAAGAGGUUUGAAAUAUAGUUUUGGUUUUGAAAUUUUAAAUGGAUAAUAUUAUUUCUCUCCAAAUAGUAAAGAUCUUUAAGACUUACAGGAAAUUUAUGGUAAUCCAUGCUUAUUACAGACAAGUAACCAUAUCCCAUAGAAUCUAUCUUUGGAGUUAAUGACAUUGGUAAGGGAGAAAGAAUGCUAUUCUAGCUUUCUGGUAGGUCUUUAAGAAAAAAUCAAGGAUACAAAAACAUUUGAAAAUAAUCAGAAUCCCAACUGAUUUUUAAAAAUUUUCUCAAAUGAAGGAAAGCACUGCACAGCUAAUUCAAAAUUAUUUUAAAAUAGCCCAUCAUUUGGCAUCACUGGAGAAGUUGGUUCUAAUAGAUACUUCUUUUAAGAUAGGGAAUAAAAAUUAUAUAGCACCUGUUAUGUGCCAAGAACCUGUUAAGCACUUUAGAAAUAAUAUCCUGUUUUGAUUCUAACAACCCUGCAAAUUCAACCCUGCAAAUUAGGUGCUGACUAUUUUUGCUGCAAAUCUUGAAAAAAAAUUCUAUUUUGCUUCCUAAGAGUUCCAUGAAAAUAAUUUGAUUUUUUAAAAAAUGCUUCAAAUUUUCCUUUCAGAACACUCAUCAUUAUUGUAUUGUGUUACAAGGAAGUGAUGCUCUUAAAGUAUGUUGAGAUUUUUAGGGAUAUUUGUCCCUACAAUAAAUAACCCUAGAUGGCAAUGCUUUUUGAGUUCUUGGGUUAGCUUUUUAAUGAUUCAUCCUGUUUCUUUUCUAACUAUUAAGUCAUAAAGUAGCCUAUAGCUUGUUUUUAUGUUUGAAUUUGUGAUUUCAUUUGUUGGAGAAUGCUAGUGGGGAAAUCCCCUUUACCAGUAUACAUUGGCAACUGUUCUGGAAUUUUAUAGUCUUAAGAAUAAGUUUGUUGAGCACUAAAAGGCGAAGUGAAUUGCCCAGGGUCACACAGCUAAUAUUUGUCAGACAGAAUUUAAGCCCAGAUUUUCCUGACUGAGGCUAGUUUUCUAUUCACUGUUUAGAACUAAAUUAUGCUUUCAUUAUAGAUUUAUUGGAAUUUAAGGUUAGAAGGGGCCUUAGGGAUUAUCUAGGUCAGCUCUUAAGUGACAUAUUUAUCAGUUGUGUAGCAUCCUGGACAAGUGACCAUCUAGCUACUUUGGAGACUUCUAAUGGUAGAGUACUGACUGUUUCUUAAGACAACUCAUUUAAUUAUGAAUGAAGUUAUUUUGAGACAAAAUCUAUACCACUCUUAGUUUCCACCUAGUACUCUAAUCUAAAUAAACCAAGUAGAAUAAGCAUUAUCUUUUCAUAUGACACUUUGACAAAUAUUUGAGGAUUAUAGUAAUGUCUUCCUCAUGUCCCAUUUUUGAGUUAGACACCUCUAAUUUAAGCUGAUCCUCCUCCAGAUCAGACUUAGAGUCAAACUUGAUAUGUUGUUCAUAUUCAUCUGGAUAUAUUCUAGAUGUCAGUGUUCUUCCUCUAAAUGUAGCCUUCAAAUCUUAGUAAUAGUAUUGUAUGUGUGAUCUGACCCAGGAAGAGUACUGUAGGAAUAUUGUGUCCCCCAUUUUGGACAUUACACCAUGAUUAAGAGUUUGUGGAAUUUAGUGUAUCCACCUAUGGUAAUAAUUCCUGGCCCAUCCAUUUCACAUAUACCUCAAAAUCUACAGUUAGUUAUGAACUGUGGGCCUAGAAAUCAGACAGCCAAGAGUAUAAUUAAUUAUAAAUAUUCAUUGGGCUUUGAGUGAGAGUCCUUCAGACUCUUGUAUGAAUAAGUGUAGUGAAUUUAGUGCCUAAACUCUUAAAUAGCCCAAACUUACAGCCCAGAGUUUUUGGUUUUGUUUUUAUCAUUGCUGUUUCAUUUUGCUUCAGUGUUCUCAUUUGUAAAAUGAAGAAUUUAUUACUAAUAGAAACCAUAAAGAACAUCUAAAUCAUUUUUUGUUUUUAGCAUUGAUGAUUUCUGAAUAAUGCAGUGAAAUGAUUGAAUCUCUGCUUUCGGGAUAUACCUUGAAGGAAGUAAAAUGAUCAUAAGGAUUUUAGUGCCUUCAUCUCAAGCAAGCUUUCUCUCCCCCCUUUUUUUUCUGGCUUCUUUCAUUUAUUGCAGAAUUCUAUUCAGAUAGGUUAAGGAACUUAAUAGCAUGGAGGACAUUACCAAAUUUGUUGGUGAUAUAAAGCUAGGAAGAAUUGCUAAGAGGAAAUGUUAAGAUUAAAAAAAAUUCACAAGUACAGAUUGGAAGUAUGUGGCUAUCUAGCAUUUAGUCUGAAAAAGAUAAGGAAUUUUGAGUGGAUUACGGUAAGGCUAGAUUAAUUAUGGUAAGGCUAAGUUAAUGAAAUAUAAGACUGCAUUGAGAGGAAUGAUGUGCAGAAGUAGCAAAAUGAUUAUGUUGCUGAAUUUUCCUUGGGACAAACCACAUCUAGGAUGUUUUAUUCUGUUUUAGGCACUCUAUUAAAUAAAGAAUCAUGCCUGUUGAUAAACUGGAGAAUAUUCAGAGAAAGGUGACCAGAAAAGAGAAAGGACCUUGAGAUCAUGCCAUGUGGGAAUUAGGUGAAAUAACGGGAUUAUUAAUCUAAAGAACAGACUUAAGUGCACUUGAGAGGAGCUUUCCUUUGUAGGAAGGCUUUUAUGGAAGACAUGAAAUUUGUUUGCCACCAAAGGGAAGUAGAAGCAAAGGAGGUAAAGUUACAGAACUAGCAAUUUUGGUCUAAUGUAAAUAAAAAAAAAGACUAAUAACAAAUUAAGUUAUUAACAAGUAUAAAGGGCUGCCUGAAUAAGAGGUUAAAGAAAAGACAUCCUCUUGCCAGGCGUGAAGAAGAGGUAUUCUAUUUUAGGUAUAGGUUGAACUAAAUGGCUUCUGAGGUACCUUCCUAUUUCCAAUUUGUGGAUUCAGCAAAAAAUCAAAUAUUUUAGAAUUAAAUAUUAUGGAUGAACAAAUAAUGUCCAGGGCAUAGUUCAAAAGCAUCUAGUCAGCCUUGGCCUUUUGACAUAGUUUGACAAAAUGGUCCUGCCCACAUGCAAUUUAUAUUCCUCUAACCACAUAGCUGAUUAACUGGGCAAAUUACAGAGAAGAGAGGGGGAAAGCCUAUUUAUUACUUUUCAAACAAGCUUGGAAAAAAAAAGCCUAAUACCUUUCAGAAUUCAUAUAAAGCAGAUAAAUUCCAGGAAAAUUUAUAAGGAUAAAAUACAGAAAAUUAUUAAAAAUAUUUAUUUUGUCUCAAUAAUAUUUUUCAUAAAGAUCUGUCCUUUUUAAUGAAUGUCAAACUUGUGGGUUGAGAAUGGUAAGUAUGGCAUGGUGGUAAUAUAAAAUGCUCACUUGGUGACUAUAAAGAUACAAUCCUUUUAAAAGAGGUUAUUUACAAUGGAAACUUUUAAAUGGAGCACUUUGUAUUACAAUGUAAGCAUAAUCAGCAAUUUAUUGUUCUAAAAAAGUUUGUUUAAAUGCAUUUUUAAAUAAACACAUCAUAACUUA